AUGGCCGCCAACGGAGAGAUUCUGAAGAGCUCGAAAAAAGACAAGAAGGACAAGUCGAAGAGAAAGGCUAAGCCAGGGGUUCUGAGCGAUACCAAUGAAGCAAUGGUGAACGUGCCCGAACCGACAACAGCAAACCAGGAAUCGAGCGCAGUACUUGAGUCAAGAACUCCACACAAGAGCUCGCGAAAGAGGAAGAGAGAAGCCCUGCCGGAUGAACUGGAGAUCGAUGUUUCCCUCCCUGAGCCCCCUUCCAAGAAGGCUCUCCGAAGAGCCAAAAAGGGCAAGCCCAAUCCCGCUCCUACCUCUGCGCCAAAGGGCGAAGCUGUGUCCGGCGAGGACGAGGAAUUAGAGAAUAAAGAGGAGGCGAAGCCAGCAAAGCGUUCAGAUUACGGCAUAUGGAUAGGCAACCUGCCAUGGACUGCUACAAAAGCCAGUCUCAAGACCUUCCUCACAGAACAUGCCGAGAUUGCCGACGACCAGAUCACGCGCGUACACAUGCCAGCGCCAACCGACGCAGCUAACGCCAACAAGAAGAUCAAGCCGCAGAACAAGGGCUUCGCAUAUGUCGACUUCGCCACGUCUGCCGCUCUGGAAGCCGCCUUGGCGGUUAGCGAGACAUUGAUGGGCGGGCGGAGGGUGCUCAUUAAAGACGCAAAGAGCUAUCAGGGACGUCCAGAGAAGGAUACCUCGGACGGAAAAGCUGUUGCGGCAGCCGCUGGAGGGAGCGGGAAACCGCCUAGCAAGCGCGUAUUCGUGGGAAAUCUAGGCUGGGACGUCACGAAGGAAGAUCUUGUGGAGCAUUAUUCGCGGUGCGGCGAGGUUGAGAAUGUACACAUGGCUACCUUCGAGGACUCUGGCAAGUGCAAGGGCUAUGCCUGGGUCACCUUCGCGGAGCUGGAGGCCGCUACGGCGGCUGUUCAGGGCUGGACGCGCAUAAAAGUUGAUGACAGCGAUGAAGAAGACGAAGUCGAUACUAAGGCUGAAGCGGAAGAUAACGAAAACACGACCAAGGGCGGAAAGAAGAAGAGCAAGAGCAAGUCCACAAGGAAGUGGUUCGUCAACAAACUUCAAGGCCGGCCGUUGCGGUGUGAGUUUGCGGAGGAUCCCACCUCGCGCUACAAGAAGCGCUUUGGCAAAGAUGCCCCUCGCAAGGAUGGAGACGAUGCCAAAGAAGUACCAGCAAUGACUGAGGAUGAUGCUGGAGCUGCGGUUGCGUCAUCGCGAAGCAGAACGCUACGCAGCGACACAGCAGCUCGGAGGUCUGAUAGGCAGCGCCCACAUGGCGCGCUCCGUGGUCAGGGGCGAAAGGUCGAUCCCCGCAGUAUCAAGCCAGGUGCUGCACACUCAAACGCCCAAAGGUCGACAGCGGCGAUUAUUGAGUCGCAAGGCAAGAGGACCACCUUCGAGUAA